ACACACACAUGCUGGCAGGCAUCUUGUCUCAAAUCUUGAUCUUGGAUCAAAUCAUUCUUGAAUGCUAAGCAGCACAGUCUGUUGUUUUGUUGUCCAUGUUGCUAUGCGACCAUCAGCAAGUCAAAGGCUGAAAGAAAAGACAAAUCCCAAAGAGAACGAGACGUGGAGGAAGGCAGGAAAUUGUGAGUUUUUAAGAGCCAAUAUCUGGUGCUUCUGUGUGGACCAAGGGUGCAGUGUUUGUGAAGACAAAAUGUGGGACACAAGGUCUCUCGAGAAGAUGGUGAACAGGACAUCUCUAAGCACACAGAGAGUGCUCCACACACACAUUCUGGAACUAGGAGAACAGUUAUGUCCAAGGUCAUCUCCCAAUGCUAGAACAGAUGACCACCUAAAAUUGGCCACAAACUUGGUCAAUUUACAGCCUGCGACUGGACGGGAGCAGCCUGAUGCCCCAUCCAUGGAGGAAUUUAAGCAGCUGGCAGAGAAGGAGAAACGCGCUGCCCUUAGACUCCAAGAGGAGAGUCUGCAGGCCAGUUUUCAAGAGGCCCUGCGAGCAAGGGACAGGCUGGAGGCUGAAAUGAGGCGAGAGCUCCAGGUUGAGCUGCAGGCCCAGUUCAGAGCUCGUUGUGAAGGCCUGAGGGCUCAGAUGGAGGCAGAGAAGGUCCAGGCCGUAGGGGAGGCCUGCAGGAAGCUGCAAGAACAGCUGCACAAAGAAGCAGAGGAGACCAGAGAGAAAAUAAUACACACUGUACGAGAAGAGACACAGGAGUGUGUGAGGAGGUGUGUGCAGGAUGCCGAGAGAAGCAUUCGUGAGGAGUGUGACAUGAAGGCAGAAAGAGAGAAACGGGCCCUACAGGACAGACAUGAAGAGGAGAAAUCUGAGCUACAAAACAGGAUGCAGCAGCUGCGGGACAGUCUGGAGCAGGCCUGCAGGGAGCGCAUUCAGUAUGAAGCAGAGUUUAAGAAGGUGCAGGCCAGCUACAGACGGUUUGUGGACUUGACCGAUUCCUCCCUCCACUCUGAUUACCUCUUAAAGCUGCGCAGACUGGGGAGAGAGCCAGGUCUCAUGGACACUGCGACACAGACUGAUGAGAUCACCUCCUAACUGUGAUCUUGUGAUGGCGGUGUUCUCACGUCACAACGUCUGGGUAUUUGACAUGUCCUGCAGUACAUGCUGUACUUGGUCUAAAAUCAUUUUUAAGCAUUUAUCUAACAUUUUCUAGAAAUUAAAGGAAUAUUUGUCAUUUGAAAAUAUAUUUGAUGCACUGCAGAAUUAUUUGAGUGAGCUUGAAAGUGGUUAGAAAUUAUGAAAACCAUCUAAAAUAUACUUUCCUUCAUACGUUUAU